UUCUCCAUUCCCUUGGCAGCAGAGUGCAGGCCACAGUUUGCUUUCACCUGGAGGGGUGUGCAGUACACCUGGAAUCGACUGCCCCAGGGGUGGAAGCACAGUCCAACCAUUUGUCAUGGGCUGAUUCAGGCCACCCUAGAGAAGGGUAAGGCCCCAGAGCACCUGCAGUACAUCGAUGACAUCAUUGUAUGGGGGGACACAGCAGAAGAAGGUUUUGAAAAAGGGCAAAAGAUCAUCCAGAUUCUCCUCGAGGCCGGUUUCGCCAUCAAGAGAAAUAAAGUCAAGGGACCUGCCAGAGAAAUCCAAUUCCUAGGGGUGAAAUGGCAAGAUGGACGUCGUCAGAUUCCAACAGACGUCAUCAAUAAGAUCGUAGCAAUGGCUCCACCGACAAACAAAAAAGAAACCCAAGCUUUUCUGGGAGCCAUAGGCUUCUGGAGGAUGCACAUCCCAGAGUACAGCCAAAUUGUAAGCCCUCUUUACUUUGUGACCCGUAAAAAGAACAACUUCCAGUGGGGUCCUGAACAACAACAGGCUUUUAGGCAAAUCAAGCAAGAGAUUGCACAUGCCGUGGCUCUUGGUCCAGUCAGGACGGGACCAGAUGUAAAGAAUGUACUUUACUCUACAGCUGGAGAUAAAGGUCCCUCCUGGAGCCUCUGGCAAAAAGUGCCUGGCGAGACGCGAGGGCGACCACUUGGUUUCUGGAGCCGAAGCUACAGAGGUUCUGAAGCCAACUACACCCCUAUGGAAAAAGAAAUCUUAGCGGCAUAUGAAGGCAUACGAGCAGCCUCAGAAGUGAUUGGUACCGAAACACAGCUCUUCCUGGCACCCCGAUUACCAGUGCUGAGCUGGAUGUUCAAGGGUAAGGUGCCCUCUACGCAUCAUGCCACCGAUGCCACGUGGAGCAAGUGGAUGGCUUUGAUUACGCAACGUGUCCGAAUGGGAAACUCGAAUCGCCCUGGAAUUUUGGAAAUUAUAACCAAUUGGCCUGAAGGUGGGAACUUCAGUCUGGCGGAUGAAGAAGAAGAAGAGCCAGUGAGUCGAGCUGAAGAAGCUCCGCCAUAUAAUCAGUUGCCAGAUGAAGAGACACGUUAUGCCCUCUUCACUGACGGUUCUUGCCACAUUGUAGGAAGGAACCAGAAAUGGAAAGCAGCUGUGUGGAGUCCCACCCGACGGGUGGCAGAAGCCACUGAAGGUAAGGGUGAAUCGAGUCAGUUUGCGGAACUCAAAGCUGUCCAAUUGGCCUUAGACAUUGCAGAAAGAGAAGGAUGGCCAAGACUCUACCUCUACACUGAUUCGUGGAUGAUAGCCAAUGCCCUAUGGGGAUGGCUAGACAGGUGGAAGAAAAUGAAUUGGAGACGUAGAGGAAAACCCAUCUGGGCUGCCGACUUGUGGCAAGACAUCGCUGCCAGAGUGAAAAAACUGAAUGUGAGAGUCCGCCAUGUAGAUGCCCAUGUGCCCAAGGAUCGAGCUAAUGAGGAACACACUCAUAACAGACAAGCAGACCGUGCUGCACAAGUCGAGGUGUCACAAGUAGACCUAGACUGGCAGCAAAAGGGAAACCAGUCACCAGGUGGGAAAGACCUGAACAAACUAAUGCCGGAAUCCAGUGAUAAACCAGCCCAGACCAGAGAACCAGCCCUAAAACCACAACUGUAAUUGUCACCAAAGGGCCAAGAAUCUGAACCAAACUAAUCCUGAUGCUGAUUCUUCUACAACAAGAUGGAUACUCUAAAGAAUGAACAAGGACUAUAUACAUUUAUCCAUAUGUGUAUAUAUGCGAGGGUUAUAAGUGAAAGCAGAAUAUAGGUGUUACGUAAAAAUAGUAUGGAAUAAGGGGUGGAGAAUGUGAUGGUUUUGAUCUAGGCCUUCCUGGUAACAAGUUUGUAAUCAAGGAAGUGGCCAAGUACCCAGUAUUCCAAAGGAUUUUUACAUAAACUAGAGUAUAAAUAUGUUGGAGAUUAGAGACCUCUCUCUCUCUUCUCUUCCAACGAGGGUCGGGAACUGUAGGUCCUUGCGUUGGUCUCGCUUAUCUAAAGCUGAGGCCUGCAGUGACCGCUGGCCUGCCACGUGGGGGGUUUGGAGAGUGCUGGCUGUGUCUGCCAAUCCCGCUUUUCUAAGGGAAGUGGUGAGAUCUGUUUUGUUAGUUACUAGUAUAGUUCUUGAAUUUGAUCAAGUAUACCUGUUCGGUGUCCCUUUUUUUCCCCUUUCCCUAUCCCUUCGGGGAGUAGAUCCCCUUUUACUGUGUAUAUAGCAUCU